UACCCCACUGACCCAUGCAGGCUGACUUCAUACUGUGAUGGGAGACCACGUGGGUUGCGUCAAUGCCUGAAAUGUAACUGCAUCCUGGCAGUGGGGCAGAUCCUGCCUGUGUGACUGAUAAUGUGUUACUUGAAGCAGGGGAGGAAUUGCAUUUAUGCAUGUUUUAUGUAGCUGACCAUGGAGGACUGACCUCAAAGGCUCCCUCUUGUGCCUAUGUCCUGGGUUACCUGAGUGACAAGUGUUGGCUGGGACAGAUUCUAAAUAACUAUUAGAAAAAUGAGAGUGUGAGAUGAUGUUUCUCAAGGGUGAUUCCCAGCAGAGCCUGUAAUCCCUCAACUAGGAUUUCCCCACAAAAUGUGCUUCCAAGUGUUACACACUCACAAAGCUUUUGGCGGGCGGGAUAGCGUCAUCUUCAUGAUAGAUGAAACUGGGUACCAGACUCCUGUUUGCUCUAGUUUUAUCCCAUGCCUUCACAGUUCUCAGACUGUGCAAAGCUUUUCCUUGUGCCACUUGAUCUAAAACACCCCAGAGAGGAAGCUCCCUGGAGUAAGGAGAGGCUGUAAUGGACCUGGAAAGUAUUAACUGAGAGCCAACCUCUCUUUUUUUGCCAAGUCCCUGCCACAGUUACCAACCACAGUGGGGAAAGGGGGUGACCUUUUUCCUUUUUUGUGCUGCAUGAAAGUCACUCUCUCGCAGGAGUGCAGAGCAGUGGAGAGCCUGAUGUGUGACUGGAGCUCGCCACGAUAAGCUGGUUGUUUUCCCUUCUCCUUUCCCCUCCUCGCGCUGCACUGGGCUUAUCUGGCCGCCUGAGUUAUGUUAAGUAGCGGGUGCAUGCUUGCUCUCUGUUCUCCUCGCUGCUUUUGCUCCUUGGAUUUCAAUUCCAAACAUGGUUAUCCAUUUGGGGUCUCUCUCCGUUCCACUGCCAAGAGAUACACAUUCCACACUCAACACCAGCUCCCUCUGCUGCUCUCUCACGGUCGCUAUUCCAUUUGCUGCAGCGCAGGCGAGACAGGCAGUGCAAGGAGAUCUCUGUCCUGUCUGUGAGUUUUCCAGCUAAUGGCCUCGACUCUUUUUCUGACCGAGCUCUUUUGGCCCCACAUUUGCCAGCUUCUUUUCUCACUGUUGUGGCUAAGGAGGGGGCCAGCUGACGCUUUGUGAGCCACAAAGAGGAGAAGCGAAUGCUUUUGGAAUUUUUCGGGUGCAAAAACACUCGGCAGCACUUUUUAGCAUGUUACUUUGAAACAUUGCUGUGGGACCAGACCGUGUACAAGAGGAAGAGGAGGAGGAACAGCUACCCAGCAGCUCUGGUUUCCAAACUCUGCAGCACCCUUUGUGUAUGACAAUUCAUUUUGAGCGCAGGACGGCUGGGGAGGGUUGGGAGUUGGACAGGAUGAGCACAAACAGCCGCUCUUGGGACCAGGCUGUUCUCCAGCCUCCAGUGUGUGAUGCUUGGAAGGAGAUUAUGGAGGAAGCAGCCUACCAGCUGGCCAGCUGCAUUGUCCUCCUGGGUUACAUGGGGGGAAGUGGCAUCUUUGGGUCCCUCUAUAUCUUUGGCCUCCUGGCCCCAGGCUACUUCUGCUACGCUCUGUGGGGCUGGCUGAGCGCUUGUGGGCUGGACAUCUUCAUCUGGAACAUGCUGCUGGUCCUCGCCUGCUUGCUUCAGCUGGCUCACCUGGCUUACCGGCUCCGCAGAAACACCAUCCCAGAAGAGUUUGACCUCCUCUACAAGACCAUGUACCUGCCCUUGCAGGUGCCCCUGGAAGUCUACAAAGAAAUCGUGAAAUGCUGUGAAGAGCAGGUCCAGUUGCUAGUCAGAGACCAGAAUUAUGCUGUGGAGGGCAAGACGCCCAUUGACCGCCUCUCGCUGCUGCUCUCCGGCAGGAUCCGAGUGUGCCAGGAUGGACAAUUCCUUCACUACGUCUUUCCAUACCAGUUCCUGGACUCUCCAGAGUGGGAGUCGCUGCGACCUUCUGAGGAAGGAACUUUCCAGGUCACGCUGACAGCCGAGACCGACUGCAGCUACAUCACCUGGCCGAGGAAGAAGCUGUACCUCCUCCUGAGGAAGGACCGCUACAUCGCCCGGCUCUUCUCCUCCCACCUGGGCUAUGACAUCUCGGAGAAGCUUUACUCCCUCAACGAGAAGCUCUUCGCCAAGUUUGGCCUUCGCUUCGACAUCCGCUUGCCCAGCCUCUACCACGUCCUCGGGCCGGCCUCCUCCGAGGGGGAGUCGGAGGACUGUGAGGAGUUGCUGCCAGGCUCUGGCCAGGCCAGCGUCUCUGAGCCACCGCCGCAGCCGCCACCGCCGCCACCGCCAGCUCCACGGCCCCGGGCAUCCCGGCCCGACAGUGAUCUGCUGGGUGAGGACUCCACCAGUCUUGUCUUGGAAGAUUUUGCUGAGUUGCCGGGGUCUUUUAUGGACUAUGUGAGCGAAGGGGAGUAUAUGAAGUGAGGGCACUCCUGGCACGGGCACACCUCACCCUGUGUGGGACCCUCGCCCUCUGAAAACCAUCUCCAGAGUUCUCAACCUUUCUGCAAAGGACGAGCCCCUCUGGCUCCCACUCAGACCCCCGAACUCUAGGGAACAACAGGCUGUUUUCAUCCCAAAGCCCCUCCAAGGGAGCAGAUGCUCACAGAGGUUUUUGACCAGAGACACUCUUUAGCAUGCAGAGACGUCUGCCAGCAGAUAUCUACACUCAGGAGCACAUGAAGCACAUGCUUAAGACUGCAGUGUGACACUCCAGCACCUCCCACCCCAUGGCUGUUCACCAGAGCUGCCUUCCCCAGCGUGCUUCCAUGGUCCGUUUUCUAGUCCUGCCUCUCUGAGGUUGUCAGCAGCUCUGUCACCAAAGUGCACCAAUAUCCUGCAAGCUAUACCAGCCUGCUUGCAGAAUCUGUGUUCCCUUUGAUUCAAUGAUUCCCAUUAAAGUCAGAGAUGAAA